GGGACAGUUUGACUUCUUCCAAGCCUUCUGCUUCUCCCGCCCCUCACUUCCAGGGCACUCGGCUGAUAUGCGCAUGCGCGUGAGAAAGCUUUUCUUCCUGAAGUCCCCAACUGCUCGUAGCCCAGGAAGUGAAGGGCUGAUGUCGCGACCUAGUGGACUUCCAGAGCCUGCCAGGAACAAUCUGAUAGAUGAUGCCAAGGCCCGCUUGAGAAGGUUCGAUGUCGGGACCAGGUAUUCCCAUUUGUCUUCUAAUAAAUACUCUGUCCUUCUGCCUCUGCUGGUCAAAGAAGGAAAUCUGUACUUGCUGCUCACUGUCCGCUCAGACAAGCUGAGAAGGGCACCUGGGGAAGUCUGCUUCCCUGGAGGAAAGAGAGACCCGAUGGACAUGGAUGACACAGCCACUGCUCUCCGUGAAGCCCAGGAGGAGGUGGGGCUGCAUCCCCACCAAGUGGAGGUGAUCUCUCACCUGGUGCCAUAUCUGAUCGAUAAUGAUGCGUUGGUAACUCCAGUGGUGGGUUUUCUAGACCACAACUUCCAGGCCCAGCCUAACGCUGAUGAAGUUAAGGAUGUGUUCCUCGUGCCUUUGGACUAUUUCCUGCACCCCCAAGUCUACUACCAGAAGCACUUCACACACGCUAGCUACCAUUUUGUUUUACACUGCUUUGAGUAUACAAACCCCGAAACUGGUGUGAAAUACGUAAUCAAGGGAAUGACUUCUAAACUGGCUGUGCUGGUUGCCUUAAUUAUCUUGGAAAAAAGUCCCUCCUUUGACAUUGAGUUUGAUCUCAAUGACCUGAUACCAUCUUGUGAAAAGACCUUUCUUCGGAAAUAUUCUUCAAGCAAGUUGUGAAGACAUCAACACUUGAAAGAACAUCCAUGAGGUCUGGUGUGAGCUUCUACACAGAGCAACAUCAGCAAGUGGAACCUGACAGGUGUGAAUGUUUUUUCUGCAAGGCAAAUGCAAGGCCUUGCCUGGUUUCCAGAUGCCCCUUUUCAUCUAGAACACUAAAAGUCUUUCAAAACUGGAAAAGUGCUUUGGCAGAGCAGUAUAAUUUUACCCAUGAUGCCAAUAUUUUUAUAGUUAUUUUAGGGAUAUUUGGCACACAGUGAGCACUUAAUAAAUGUUUGUUGAAUAUA